AUGCAAAGGAAAGAAAAUGAGGCAAACAAUCUGCUUUGGGACGUGGCACAUAGGCUAGAGCCUGGAGGUGCAGAAUAUAAUUAUGCAUCCUCUGCAAAGGGUGCUAAGGUUAUGACCCACAACAAGGAGGCCAAAGGGGUAUACAAUAUCUUAAGCAGCGAUCGGGACAAGUACUUUAGGAAUCAUUGUUCGACCAAUGACAAGUUCGUUGUCAUUGAGCUCUCGGAGGAGACCCUGGUUGAUGCUAUUGAGAUUGCAAAUUGGGAGCACUAUUCUUCUAAUUUCAAGGAUUUUGGGUUGUUAGGAAGCUUGAGCUACCCCACUGAGACAUGGACCCUUCUUGGGACUUUCACCGCAGAGAAUGUUAAGCAUGCACAUGAGCUUCCUAGAUAUAUGAGGUUGAAUCUGGUAAGCCAUUAUGGAUCAGAGAAUUAUUGCACAUUGAGCUUCCUAGAAGUUUACGGUGUUGAUGCUGUUGAGAAGAUGCUUCAAGAUCUUAUGGAAGUGCCUCAUGAGAAAGCUGAUGCUGUUUCUCUGAGAUCAGAGCCAAGUCCAAGUGAGAAAGAUGAGGCUGCUCAUUCUGCAGUUGAUGUUCUUAUCAAAGUCCGCCUCGUCCUUCAAAAGAGGCUAAUAAACAAUUUAAGUGGAAGAAUACCCAGUGAUGCAGUUUUAAAGAUCUUGAUGCAGAAAGUGAGUUCAUUGGAGCUGAGCCUUUUGGUUUUGGAGGAAUAUGUUAAAGAGCUUAAUCGGAGAUUUGGUGAUAUUCUCCCAGAUCUUCACAAGGAGAUUUCUCACAAUAAUUUACUACUGGAGAAGACAAAAUCCGAAGUCAAGGAUCUUAAGGAAUGGAAGGCAUCUAGGAUACACAGCACCAAAACCUUUGAGAACAGAAGCCCCUUGGCUGAUUCGCUGGUGUUGCCUUUUAUAUCCUUUCAGGAGAAGGGAAGUUAA